UGAUUAUUGGAGAGAGGAGGUCUCCAAUGACGUCUGCAGCUCAAUGUAUACAGCGGUUGUGGUCGCGGCGUCCUGUACCGUCGAUUUCAAUAUCGCUUUGCGUAAAGACAGUGCUUCAAGCGGGGUCUGGGCACCAACGCACUUGUAACAGGGAUCUUGUUGUCAGUCUACGCUGUCCCUACGUGACGACAGCUUGCACCAUGACAUCUGCCAAGUUCCUCUUCCGUCAGCUCUUCGACGAGAAAAGCUGGACCUACACUUAUCUGCUGGCUGAUCAGAACACCAAAGAGGCCCUUCUUAUCGAUCCAGUUGUGGAUCAAGUGGACAGGGAUGUAAAGCUUCUGUCUGAACUGGGACUCAAGCUUGUCUAUGCAGUGAACACUCACGUUCAUGCUGACCACAUCACCGGAAGUGGUCAGCUCAAGAAGAGGAUAGAGGGAUGCCGUAGCGUCAUCUCUGCAGCGUCCCAGGCAACUGCGGAUCGCCAUUUGUUACCCAACGAGGUCUUUGGUGUGGGAGAAAUAAGGCUGGAAGCACGCCCUACACCUGGUCACACAAAUGGGUGUAUGACGUACGUAUGGCAAGACCAACGAAAAGCAUUCACUGGAGAUGCCCUCUUGAUCCGUGGUUGCGGUCGCACGGACUUUCAGCAAGGUGAUCCUGAACUUCUUUAUGACUCUGUGCACUCUCAGAUAUUGAGCCUGCCCAAGGAUUACACACUCUAUCCAGCACAUGACUACAAGGGUUUAAUGGAAACUACAGUGGCAGAAGAGCUACAGUACAAUGCUAGGCUCACCAAGACGAAAGCUGAGUUUGUGGAUAUCAUGAACAACCUCAACUUGAAAUAUCCAAAGAUGAUAGACAAAGCUGUGCCUGCAAACAUGGUGUGUGGUCUCCAGGAUGUUGAGGCAUGAUGCUACGCAUGAAGUUUUUGAUUGACCUGAAUGCUUAUAUCAUAAAAUGAAAAUAUCAAUAGGUGUGACUGUUGAAGGACAUUGUUUGCACUCUACAUACAUCUGUUAUAGUUAUAAAUAAAGCAUAGUAAAAACACA